CCAGCUACGGAUGAAGAACCAAAAACCGAUAAGGAUCAUCAAACACAAAACAAAGAAAAGAAAAGAAAAGAAAAGAAAAAGAAAAAGAAAGAGAAAAGCCAGCUCAUCGGCAUUUGCUCUGAUCACGGCAAAUAGGAAAGUCAACUCCCUCGGGGCGGCGGCCCUGCUCUCCACUUUGCACUACGUUUCUAUCUACUUAUGGUGUGAGUUGCGAGUGAGGGAGGUAUGUGUCAAGGGUGUGAGUGUGAGUGUGUGCGUUUCACAAGCUUGAUUGAUUCCCGCUCGGCUUUUCCGCGAUUUUCGGAC